CUGUGAUGCGCGACGAAUGCUUAGAUUCGUGCACAGCGUCGGAGUACUCUGAUUUGCUUUUGCCUCUUUUAGGGGCUUUUGCGCCUUGUAACACCUGGUGACAAUGCAGCCCAACAAGGGUCUAAAAAGUGACAAGCACCAGAAGUCAGACGAUAUGGUAUGCUGAGUGAGCCCCGCCCUUCCAGCGGAAUCGGGCGGCGACAAAAUCACUUACGGAAGCUGCCAUUACCCCUCGUUUUCUCCUUCGUCAGUCAAAAUCUGGCCUGAAGUAUUGAUCGAAAAUCUUUCAUCUCCGUCGUCAUGUUUUCCGCGUGGUUCGGCAGCCCGACGCAGACGACGAAUGUGGCGCCAGCAACCACGACAAGUGCGCAGCAGGACUACAGCGCACAGGCACCCAUCGUGGCGAGCUACCAACACUCUGGUGCAGCUUCGUCGGCGCCGUAUACGUCCACUAGCAAUGCAGUGCCACAGCACCAGACCCACCCGCCUCCGACGGCCGCACCCACGGUGAUCUCAACCACCACAGCGGUAUGAGAGUGCACAAAUUUUUCUCUCCCGCCCCUUUGAUAAAGACGGGCAUGAGCAGCAGCGGAAGCAGCGACAACAUUGCAGCUUUAAUACCCGCAUGACAAACCUGCACACGAACCGUAAAACAUCGUUCGGAGUUGUGCAACUUGUGCUUGUCAUGCGAACAGUACUAAAAGGCAAGUGCAACAACUGGGUUCGUAACUACUUACAGAAAGUACUUUGCACAAUAAAUGAGGUGGAGGGGAGCCCGUUGCGCACUCGGAUAGGCGGCCUCGUCUUCCGGCCACCGGUUGCUCGCGCCCGGGCCGGGUCUGCAGCAGCACCAGCCCCGCAAGGUGAUUCUGGUCGGGGACCCGCAGGUCGGCAAAACGGCGGUGUCGUGCGCGCUGACGAAGCGGCCGUUCCCGGUAAAAUACGAGGCAACCCCGGCCUCGGAGUUCAUCUGGUUGGACCAGGUGCUACCCGCCACGAACCAGAGCGUGCGGCUGUGUCUGUACGACUGUGGGUUCGGCGGCCCGGACGCCGCACUGGUACUGAAGGGGUUUUUCAAGAAUGCGCACAUCGCGCUCUUGGUGUACGACAUGACUUUGGCGGACAGCUUCGAAGGGGUAAAACACUGGCACCAGCAGAUGCUGAGCACGCCGGAGGAGUGUCCGAACUGCCAGUUCGUGAUCGUGGGCACGCGGUCCGAUGUCACGCACCACGAGGAGGUCACCGAGGAAAUCGCGGAGCAGUACGCGAAAAAGCACAACGUGCCGCAGUUCCGCGUGUCCGCAAAGACCGGCGCGGGUGUGGACGUCUUGCUGGACAAAAUCACCCGCAUGGCCCUCAGCCUCAACCAGCAGCAGACGGCCGGCCUUGUAUCUUCUGUAGCAGGACAAAAUGUUGAGAACAGCGGUACUAUCUCGGGCGGCGUCACAUCAAGUUCUGCGGCGGUAGGAGCGGCGACUGCCGCAGCAUCGCAACUGGCAAGCAGCACGGCGGGUGGGGGGCAGGGUAUGAAGCAGCCGGGCCUGACCGCGCAAAAUCUCUCGGCGUCAACCUCUUCGUCGUUUUACGGGGCGGCGCGCCCAGCGCAGAGCAGCAUGAUCAUUCCGCCGGCGUCGAAACAGCAAGGGCCGCCAACGUACCGCAUUGGAGUGCUCGGGCCAGCAGAAGCGGGGAAAAGUGCUUUCUUGCAGAAGCUGUGCGGCUCCUCGGGUAAGUACCCACGAUGCUUUCGUCUUCUUCGCUUUGCUGUGUUGUAUCUGUGUGUACAACUUUCGUUUAUGAUGAAGAUUACUAAGGAGGUUAAGGAUGGAAAUUACUUGAAUUUUGUAGCUGCAGAUGCACCGGGUCAAGUUUAUUCUUCAAUGAUGCACCAAAAGUAGUGAGUAGCCCCAGCACGACACAUCUUGAUGCCAUGUUUCUCCCCCCUCAGCUGGGUCCCGGUCCAGUUCCUAUUCCGCGACGCGCGAGGUUGUGAAACAUUCGAAGACUUUUGUGAAUCUGGUGCUGGAGCACAAGGACAAGCAGGUCCAUCUCGAGUUUUUUGAGGGGUCGGGACAGGAAACGCAACUGGCGCCGGACAAGGUUCAGUUAAACAAAAUCCUGAAUCAGGAAAACUGCGACGCCAUCCUGUACGUAGCGGAUGGGUCCUCCGUUGACAGCUUUCUAUGCAUUGCAACCAAAGUAGGUAUCGCACUUGCACAUAAGUACAAAGCGCCGAACGAUUUUUCUCAGCAUGUUGAAUGAGUGAAGAAUCGAAUUUUUCUGAAUGGAAGGAAUGGAAAGUGAAUGAAGUGGGGUUUCUUGUCAUGUCGUUCCGCCAUAAUUUGUGCUCCGAGAGCGAUGGUUUUGCAAUGCAUACUUUCAACGGGUCUACGAUUUCCAGACACUCGCCGCACAGAAAUUCGGCAUGAGCUGUGCAGGGAUCCCGCAGUUGCUGGUAGUAAACACACAGUCCGGGAAGCUUGCUGCAAAGCUACCGUCCAGUAUCAUCAUGCAGGUCGCGGAAGCGAUGGGAGUCAUGUAUAGAAGAUACAUACGCACUACACCUCAUUCACCACAUUAGCAUACUGGCAGGGCUGACAUUAGUACGGCCCGAUCUACUUGUGGUAGAUUUUCCUGCAGGAGCAGAUAGCCGAGAAUAACAAGUUGAAGUUUCUGGGGAGCUGCGCGUUACGUAAAUUCUGUGUUAGAAAUUACUAGCAUUUGCACAUUAGAAAGAAGCGACGCUCUACUUUCCCAACAUGCGUUACGCUCUCCACAGCCACCUCGGCCUAGCAUGUACAGGUCCUGCAGUCAUCCAGACCCAGACAUGUUCUUUGCGAUGCAUAUUUAUUCACGAAACACAAUCAUUGCAGGUGCAGCGACGUGAACGUGAUGACUGACAAGCUGGAAAAAUUGGAGGACGUACGAAGAGAGAAAUACUGCGCAGAACGGCAACACCUGGCGCUUUUUGAUUACGUGCUUCUUCGUUUGACUAUUCCUUUUUCUAAAGACUAAGCAGGAGGAGCAGCGGAAAAAUGCUACACCGUCCUGGCUGUGGCAAUAAAUCUACUUUACUGCAUGUCCAUCUUCAUGCAGAUGAAUUCAAUCGCUCAUGUGGGUACUACUAGGAUGACAAGAACCUCCCGCGGUCCGGUUGAGGUCUUGUUGUUGAUGCGGGGUGCUGGACUGCAGCACGACCAAUCACUACAGUAGAACCACACUUGUCACGCUGCGUGUCUUUUCUCUGUCCGCCCCAUACGCUCUGAUUUCGGUGGUCGCGACCGCGAUCUACACCUGGAAGAACGUGCGGGACAAGCACGGACUGUAUAACGCAAGUUGGAAAGCGUUCGGCAUCCUGAACUCGCACCAGAACCUCCGUUUCCGAUCGGGCAAGGUCGACUUUUUGAAGAACGUGCCGACGGGGUAUCAUGCUAGCAUCGGAAGUGCUUCAACGAGUGGGUACGGCUACGGUGCAGCAAUGUCCACCGCGGGGAGCAGCGCGGUUGGCUACGGUGGGGCGUACAGCACCACCUCGGGAGCAGCUGCACCUGGAGCAGGAGCUCCUGUUGACUUGAUCACGGGUACUACAGUGCCGCCGUCUACAGGAACGGCAAGCGGCUUGCAGUCGAAGAAGUAUGAUACUUCGAAGAAGGGCUUGUUCCUCGUUUUGUUUUCAUCCAUAAGUCAAUGUUGUCCUGACGCAACAGGAGCACAGCGAUGCUCAGUGAAGGUGCUGCAUGUUUGCGAGCCACCCGAGUAUGUAUAGUAGUAGUACUAUUCAGCAGCAGCAGCGCAAGCAGUAGGUUGAGCUGCAACAGCGAGGGUACCACUCGAGCAUAUAGAUACCAAGCCGAGCAGUUUCUUGCACGACGACAGAAGAGCGCUUCGAGUGAUGUUUUCGAAACAUGAAUUUUGUCAGGGCCAGCAUGGAGGAUUCGACGGGGGGAUCACGUGCCAGCAGCAAAGCGAAGGGCAUGACUUUGAAUCCGAACGCAUUCGAGGCGUCCUACUUGCCACAGUCUCCCGGAAAUUUUGCCAGGUACAACAACCGACAGAGACUUCUUGAUAUGUGAUGUUAUACCAGGUAGAAUUUCAUCUUUGAAUUUGUCCUUCACGUUCAUGUAUGACAGUACAGAAGGGGUGGAAAGGCACAACUGUGGUCUUUCGAUAUUGUAAAUCGGUUUCCGCGAUGGAGAUGCGUACGUAGGAGGGAUCCGGAAAGUGUAUGUUUACCUGUUCUGUGAAUAUCACAGCAAGCCCUCCCGACCUGCGGUGCCUCCACCAGCGGUGCGGGAUAACAACAUGGAGCGAACAAUGCUGAGCGACAGUAACCCACGGAUGCGGAGUCCGGGGCUAGACAGAACUAUUCCGGGCUACGGCGCGACGAAACCGCGGACCAGUGGCGCGAUGCUUUCCAGUAUGAAGUUAAAGCUACUGCUAUUUCUUGACGAGAGGGUGCAAGUUUUACGCUCUCUUUAGAAGCAGAAGGAUUGGAAAAUAACUGACUCUCUCGAUGAAGAUGAUUAUUUUGCAGAUGCAGUAGUGACAGUGAUGUGCCAGGUACGAGCAGGACGUGAUCGUGUCGUAUUGUUUGUAGUAGUUUAGUGGCAAUGCUUUUGCUGCUGCCACAGCUUUAGCUGUGCGUUGGUUUUCGCAUCCAAUGUCAUUUCUGCAGUCGGUGAAAAAGAAAAUAUCGAUCUGCUCACCUUUUAUUUCCACGGUUCCACCCCGCAGGUGCAGUCAUUGAAGACAGUACUGCGGGUUUGGACGGGAGCAAGAAAGCAGUGCAACAACCGGAUACUACACCGGGAACCAAUACUAUCACGUUUGAAGUGAAGCGAGCAGAGUCAUCCUCUUCGCAACAGGGGUCACGAGGACCACCGGCCCAGCAGCCACCGCGCGUUUCGGGGAUGACUGCAGGGAACCCGCCGCAGCAACAGCAGCAGUCCUCUGUGGGGUUCUAUUUUCCAGGAAUUUCCACGCAAGGGCGAAAUCCAAAUUACGGCCCGGGUGGGUCCGCGGCGAAUCCUACGCAGCAGCAGCAGGGGAAUGCAACCUACACGCAGCCCUCGAUACGGGUCGGGACGCAGUUUCAGCCCUCGGUACAGAAAGGAACGCUGCUGGUUCUGUUGCAUGAAGUAUGGUAAAUGUAUACAUAGUGUGGGAAUAAAUCUAACGGGUUGGAAAAAUAGAUGAGGGUAGGAUCUCCGACCUGCUCUUCCUAUUUCUGCUUGCUGCGUGAGUGUGAGUGUGAGUGCAUAACAAGGCGAGCAUACAGAUACAUAAAGCUGUCCAGCCAUUCGUUGUAAAUGUAAUCUCAAACCCAACCUCUAUCAUACAACACAGAUUGGUUUCGCCUCCCCAGUGAAAUUUGGCAUCGGGAAUUUUGCCCGGCCCGGUGCACUUUCUCCCACGAUCGGACGUCAAUCUCCCAUGGCAUUCUCCGCUGCGCCCGCACGGCCACAGUUUCGCUUCGCAUUUACUGCUGCCGGGACGACAGGGGCGCCGGGGAAUUAGGCGAAGUGGAUCAGUUUUAUGAUUUUUUUAUCGCAACUGGAAGUAUCGUAUGUCGAGCAAGCCAAGAACGACGAUUAGACGCAAGCUACAUGAUUUCAAUUUUACAUCCAGUUACAGUGGUUUAUCGAUAGAAGACGGUUGUGAAAACCAGUCACGUGUUGAAUCAUCUAUCCCUAAAUUCAAAAGUGCUUCUCCCUACCGCGAAGCGAAACUUGUUGAUAAAAUGAUGCGCGGCAACAAAAAAAUGCGGAGCCGGAGUUUCACAGGAAGACACAGGAGUCGUUCCCAAAGAUAAGGUUUCAUUUCUGUAUGAUGUGGUCUACACGCUUUUUUCAGAACGGCAUUACCGUGGCAUGUGACCGUUCUGUGCGGUGACAGAAUGAAUCUCAAUUAAUUUGUGAAGUGUCACCAGCUACCGCAGCUGUUUUGGCAUGUAGAAACGAAAAGAGCCAUACGCGGCAGCCGUCUCCGCCAACCCAAGCUUUCGAUCAAAGAUACGGCAGGGAGC